CAGCUUUGCCGCAUUUUAUUUAAUGCUUUUUAUCACUUAACUUAGUUCUGUCGAUGCUGGUACUAACACCAGUUCACCAUAAUUGUACCCGUUUUCGUUGUUACAACUUUUUUAACAUCUUCCAAACAAGACGCGCGCGUUUUUUUGUGUGAAAAAUUACUAAAAACCAAAAACAUUGCGAUUGUUGUGUAUUUUUUUUUUGGAUAUUACGUGAAUAAAAGAAAUUAUAGAAGAUAUCUAAAGAAUUUUAAGUGAUAUUUAAUUGAUAUAAUGUCGGUUUUACUGAACAAUGUGACUAAUUGCAUUUGUUUGGCCUUUGAGUCGUUGCAGCAGGAUCAGCUUGGAUUUGUCAACAAGUCGAAACUUAAGGUCUUGACAGCCAAUAUUGGAACAUUUCUUGACCUCUAUGGCGUCGAAAAAGGUUUGGAGCACUUCAAAAGCACACCUCAGCUCAACUUCGACCAGUACAAGUACUACUUACAAAAUGAAGUGUUUUCUUCAUUGCCCGACAAAUUACCCAUGCCUGAGUUGAGAGAAUACGAAAAUAAGAUUGCAGAGGUUUGCUGGCUAGUUUGUAAGAAAAAAUACCUCCAAAGGGAAACCAAGUUGUUUAGUGAAGAAGCGAUAUUUCAAAUAUUUCGGAUAUUCUGCGUUUUAGCUGAAAUGUCUUCGGAUAGUAUGGAGCAUAGUUACCAAGUGUUUCUUCAUCCAUCAGAGGUUAGUAUUAUAGCUCAAGCUUUAGCUAGCUCAGUUGGUUGUAUAUUUGACGAGGAAGAUUUUAACAAUUUGAGUAUCUCUAUGGGGAAUUUUCGAUUAGCUCCUUUUAUAGCAGUGCUAGAAUCUAGAUGUAUACCUACUGUGAAGGAAGAUAUAGCUAUUAAGGAAGCAAUCACGGACAUAUAUCAGAGAAUUGUUGAGGACGUCAUCAAAAAAGGCUAUCUAUCGAAGAAGGGGUACAUUUUUCCCACAAUGAAGGAAUACUGGUUCGUACUGCGACCUUCUGAACUGACAUACUACAAAACUAGAUCAGAAAAAGAUAAAUGCGACACGUUAGUGAUACAGAAAGGAAGCAGAAUUGAACCGUUAUCGACAGGAUACAAAUUUAUCUUGCAUACUCCAGCAGAAAAGCAUUUUGAAUUAGGUGCGCCAGAUCACAUGACUCGGUUGCAAUGGAUUUCAUCCCUACAACUGGCCAUAGAUCACUCAGAUCAAGUUCAAAGCUAUCAAAGACUUCAAGCGUCUAAAAGACGUCUUCAAAGACAGGGAAGGAUUCAAGAAAUGAUGAGAGCAAGGGCUCAGUUGCAAGAAGAAAGAAAUGCCAGACAGUUAGCUGAAGGGCAAGCCAAGGAAUUGGAAGCUGUUGUUCGGGAAGACUCCAAGAAAUUGUCUGAAUUGUUGGAUGUUAAAAUUAAACUGGAAAAAUUGUUGGAAGAAGAGACACAAGCCAAAAGGGAUGAAGAGAUUGUGAGAGCUUUGCAAGCGAGAGUUUUGGCAGAAGAAUGGGAAAAGCGUGAAGAAUUGGAACGGUUGCAGGAAGAACAACAUAAGAUACUCGAAGAAGAGAGAAAAAGACGCAAACAGUAUGAAGAACGACAAAAAGAAAACGAAAAAGAACUGCAAAGUGCUGCGAGUAAAUUGGCAGAAUUGGAAACCGAAAAGGAGUCUUUAGAUGUGGAGCUCAGAAACGCUAGAGAAAAAAUCGUGUUAUCAGAAGGAAAAAAAGAGCUCUUGGAAACACAACUUAAUCAGUAUGCUUCCAUAUCUAGAAGUGGUGAUGGGGUGAGAAGAGCACAUUCGUUUAUGCCCAGCACGAAAGAAAAACCAAUUUUUCUAGAAGUUCGACCUUCAACAUUAAAAAGACCAAUAAAAAAAUAACAGUGCCUGAUAUUUACUUAAUUAUUACAACAUUUUUUAUAGAAACUCCCAUUAUAAAACAAACUAAGGUUUAGAACUUUGUACAGGACAUAUACUGGAUAUGUGUAAAUCAGCCUACUAAAAGAGUUAUUGUUAACUUUAAUUAUACAAAGUUCUAAGCCUUGAUGGUCUUCCCAUGGAUCACCCAAUAUAAUCUGAAAUAUAAAUGGAUUAUCUCUCUGUUUCUCCAUACUUUGUAACUCUUUAAUUCGAUUUGUGAUGACAUACUUUAUUUAAUAUUUAUAUUUUUAAUAAAAGAAAAUUUAAAAA